AUGUCCAUGAACACUGCACAGUUAGCUUAUCUUCAUGCGAGUUUAUAUGAUAUUAACAAUGUGGUAUUCGUUGGGUAUCUUUUAGACACGCAUUUACUUCAACGCUAUACAAUCGUCGUUCAACUUCUGGACAGGCGGCCGUAUGAAGGCGCUCUAUUUUCGGCAUGCUCACUAUCUGGGCGCGCUUGGUGCUCUCUUGAAAAGAGAAUCGACACUUGCUACGAUGACCCCGGGAAGGGA